AUGAAGGCAACAACAAGUCUUCACGCUCUUGCAGCGCUCUCAGGAGUGGCCGAUGGCCUCGCUACAAGGAACUCGUCGGCUCCUGUCGGUGCGACUGGCCUCCCUUUGUUGGCGGACGGAUACGUCGACCUUGGUGUUGCCUCUGCGGCAUUUGAGAAGGCCAAGACAUUCGUUGAUGGUUUGACGAAUGAACAGAAGAUCAAGAUCAUUACCGGCUCGAGUUUUACGGGCAGUUCUUCGUGGACUCCGCUUUCUUCAAAGGAUGGCGUUGCGGGCAUCAAUAUGCAGUUCUUCGUGUCGGGUUUUACGAUGAUCAACGCUGCAACGAUGACAUGGAACCCCGACUUGGUUGAGGCUCAGUUUCGGGCUACCGGCGAUGAGUUCUAUCAGAUGGGCUACAAUCUGAUCAUGGGACCAGUCGCCAGCCCUCUGGGACGCGAUCCAUAUGGUGGGAGGCUGCCUGAAGGAUUCUCACCGGACCCAUACCUGUCCGGCAUCCUUAUGGGCAAGGCCGCUGCAGGCAUGAGCUCAGCUGGCAUUGUCACAGCCGGUCGCCACUAUCUUCUCAAUGAGCAAGAGACCAAUCGCAUGAGCGGAGGAUACUCUGCCAAUGCUGAUGACAAGACGACCCAAGAGGUUUACCUAUGGCCGUUCGCAGAUGCAGUCAAGGGAGGAUUAAUGGCAGUUAUGUGUGGGAUGAACCGUGUUAACGGCAGCCUUUCAUGCGAAAAUGACAAAAUUCUCAACGGUUACCUCAAAUCCGACUUGGGUUUCCCGGGGUUUGUUUUGCCUGACGUCAACUCGCAAGCCACCGCGUUUGGGUCUGCCAACGCCGGCCUGGAUUACGGAUCUAGCAGGUACUGGAGCGAGGAGGUCAUGCUCGAGGGCAUUGAGACCGGAAACUUCACACAGGCGAGGCUUGAUGACAUGGCGACCCGCAACGUUCUUCCCUAUUAUUUCGCCGGUCUCGAUGACGGUCAGCAGCCAGAGAAAAUCAGCAACACUGAUUAUCGUAACGUCCGUGGGAACCAUUCGACAUUGAUUCGAAAGGUGGCUAGUGAAGCCAUCAUUCUGCUUAAGAACGAUAAUACUAACGGCCGAGGUUUGCCGCUGAACAAGCCUCGUACGAUGGCCCUCUUUGGGGCACAUGCUGGACCUUGUACCGCGGGCCCAAACCAGCAGUUUAGUGUCGGCGGUACUCCUGCAGACACAUAUCCAGGCCACCUAGCAACUGGAGGCGGUUCAGGGCAAGCUUCCUUCCCCUAUCUGAUCACUCCAUUUCAGCCUUUGACGACACGCGCCGCUGAGGAUGGCGGCAUGAUCUGGUGGGUGUUGAACAAUACCUAUACGGCUCCACCAGCGGCAGGAUUUCCCGGCGGCGGAGGCGGAGGGUUUCCAGGAGGUAAUGGUUCGUUCCCAGGCGGUGGUGGGGGAGGGUUCCCGGGAGGCAAUGGUUCAUUUCCAGGUUUUCCGGGAGGUAACGGGUCGUUCCCAGGAGGAGGCUUUCCCGGUGGUGGCGGCGGCGGCGGUGGAUUUGGAUUCGGAGGCACUGGUAUGGAACCAUCGAUCCCGAACUACGCUGAGAACUCGGAAGCUUGUAUCGUCUUCAUCAACUCCAUGUCCGGUGAGGGUUCUGAUCGCACCGAAUUGGCAAACGAGGAGCAAGACGACAUGGUCAAUACGGUAGCGGAGAAAUGUAGCAACACUAUUGUCGUCGGCAACUUUGCAGGUCCGCGCAUUCUCGACGCGUGGAUCGAGAACCCGAACAUCACAGCCGUCCUCUACUCUGGCCUCUUGGGACAGGAGAGCGGCAAUGCCAUUUCAGAUGUGCUGCAUGGAGACGUCAACCCCAGCGGCAAGCUUACCCACACCAUCGCGAAGCUGGCUUCUGACUACCCAACGCCUACCUGCAUGACCUCUGAGUGCAACUACGAUGAGGGUGUGUUCAUCGACUAUCGGUGGUUCGAUGCCCAGAACACGACAAUCCGCUACCCCUUUGGCCAUGGCUUGAGCUACACUUCGUUCACGUACGGCGACGUAAGUGUCAGCGUCACGAACCAGACCGCACUCGGCUCCAGAUACCCCACCGGCGGGCUCACACUUGGAGGCAAGGCUGACUUGUUCGACGAGGUCAUUGCCGUAAGCACGACAGUCCAAAACUCAGGGGAAGUCACGGGCGCAGAGGUCGCUCAGCUGUAUAUCAGCUUCCCGGAGGAGGCUGAACAGCCGAUCCGUAUCCUGCGUGGAUUCGUUAAAAUCGAGAUUGCAGCUGGCGAGAGCGCCGAUGUGACUUUCAGCGUGAGGAGGCGAGACAUUAGCUUCUGGGAUACGGCAGCACAGAAAUGGGCCAUUGCUGAGGGCGAAUACACGCUUGCGGUGGGCUCAUCGUCGCAGGACAUCAGGGGGUCCGCUACUCUGACCGUUUAG